UUUCCCUUGCGUUUUACUAUUCUUUUUCUACAUGGUAGUGGCGGUCUAUUUAUCCAAUUCUGUGGAUUUUGCUUCUAAACUCCUUUGCACUCUGCUGUGUUGGUUUCUUGUUUUCUUUGAAUACACACGUGAAUGGGGCCACGAAUUUGGAUCAGUCUUGGAUCAGUUGGACUUGCUUUUGCGCUCUUAGCUCGCUACUUGCACGUUGAUUUUGGCAAAACGGCACAAGAGAAGGAUGCGAUUGCUAAGGAUGUUACUGAAUUGAUAGGUAAAACACCACUUGUGUACCUCAACAAUGUCGUGGAUGGUUGUGUUGCUCGUGUUGCUGCUAAGCUAGAGAUGAUGGAACCCUGCUCUAGUGUCAAAGAUCGGAUUGGGUAUAGUAUGAUACAAGAUGCUGAGGAGAAGGGCCUCAUUAAGCCUGGCGAGAGCGUCCUCAUUGAGCCAACCAGUGGUAAUACUGGCAUUGGCUUGGCAUUUAUGGCGGCAGCUAAGGGUUACAAGCUAAUCAUUGCCAUGCCUGCUUCUAUGAGUAUGGAAAGGAGAACCAUUCUCCGAGCUUUUGGAGCUGAAUUGGUUCUUACGGAUCCUGCCAAGGGCGUGAAUGGGGCUGUUAAAAAGGCAGAAGAGAUACAGGCAAAGACCCCAAAUUCCUACAUUCUUCAGCAAUUCAAAAACCCUGCCAACCCAAAGAUCCAUUAUGAAACCACUGGACCCGAGAUCUGGAAAACUUCUGGUGGGAAAGUCGAUGCCCUGGUUUCUGGGAUAGGUACUGGAGGAACAGUUACAGGUGCAGGAAGCUACCUUAAAGAGAAAAACCCUGACAUUAAGUUGUAUGGUGUAGAACCUGUUGAAAGUGCAGUUUUAUCUGGAGGGAAGCCUGGCCCUCAUAAAAUCCAAGGAAUCGGUGCUGGUUUUGUCCCUGAAGUAUUGGAUGUCCAGUUACUCGACGAAGUUAUUCAAAUAUCAAGCGAGGAAGCUGUUGAAACUGCUAAGCUUCUUGCACUUAAAGAAGGUUUGCUGGUAGGAAUAUCAUCCGGUGCUGCUGCCGCUGCAGCAAUUAAGAUAGCUAAGAGGCCAGAAAAUGCUGGAAAACUCAUUGUCGUUGUGUUCCCCAGCUUUGGAGAGCGUUACUUGUCAUCUGUGCUGUUUGAUGUCUUGAAGAAGGAAGCAGAGAGCAUGACUUUCGAGCCCUGAGGUUUUCCGUAGCUUCAAAAAGUGCUACUGUCUUCCCCCUUUUCUAGUCUGAACAGAAAAAAUAUUGAGAUCAUGGUUUUAAGUUCGGAACGCAAUUUGGAUAUGGGAGCUUUGGCAUGAUAAGUUUUGCAUGUAAUAGUUGUUUCGCCAAUGCUUGGGUUUGCCGAAAGGCUUAUCGCUGGGCAUCGAUACAACUCUUUGUUGGGAGAUGAAAUAAGGUUUGAUGCAGAA